UAACCAUAGCAACCGGUUAAUCUUGGGUCGACACUGCCAGUGUUUCCCCGUGACACUGUUAAAACAUUGUGAAUCCUAGCUAUCCAGAAGUUUUGAACGUAUUUGUCCGUCUUGUAGCCACCGUUAGUCUGUCUUUAUCUCAAACUGACACUGUGUUGAAAGAUAAAAGUUCAGAAACAAAUUAAAUAAACAGAGGUGAGGAACGAUGGACACUCCGGAUGAAAACCAAGAUAGAAGUCAACAGAGACUGCAGUCAGCUGCCUCGUUCAAGGCUUUCAUGUUGAAAAACAGCACGAAAAGCAACCUGAACCUCUAUGACCAUCUCACUCGGUUGGUGAUAAAGGUGAUGGAUGAGCAUCCACACAAUGUGGUGGAUGUGAUUGAGGAUAUGAGCCGUGAUGUGAAGCGGGGUUUAUUUGAAGACAAGCAGAGCACCCUGCGAGUCCUUCCGCAGACUACAGCUGCUGAGCUGCUGGCUGAGCAGCAGCGCCUGCUGUUUUCUCGGUCAGAAGAGGUUGACCAGGAGGAAGAACUGGUGAAAACACCUCUUCCCAAUGUGAGUGAGAUUGGCUUCUACCUGGAGCAGGCUGGCGUGGGACUGGGCAGGGAGGAGAUGCAGAGGGUCUUCCUUGCACUCAAGCAGCUUGUUGAGUCGCAGGCGCUGCUGCGCUGCCGACUCUGGGGCAAGAUUCUGGGAAUAGAGAGCAGCUAUAUCGUUGCUGAAGCUGAGUACAGAGAGGGGGAGGAAGAGCAGAGCACUGAGGAAGCAGCUGAGGAAGUGGAGAGAGAGGCAGAGACUCAAGAGAAUGAUGAGAAUGAGAUGGAUCCACUUCCUCAGUCGACCUAUCAACCCCUACCAGUGGUGCCGAAGGAGGCCAUAGGAACAGGUGCCAACAAGUUCCUUUACUAUGUGUGCAAAGAGCCUGGUCUUCCUUGGGUAAAGCUCCCUUCAGUCACUCCUGCACAGAUCACUGUUGCUCGCCAGAUUCGUAAAUUCUUCACUGGGAGGCUGGACACCCCUGUUGUGAGCUACCCACCUUUCCCUGGGAAUGAAACCAACUAUCUGAGGGCACAGAUUGCUCGGAUCUCUGCUGGCACACAGGUCAGCCCCCAGGGCUUCUUCCAGGCUGGGGAAGAGGAAGGUGAUGAAGAAGACGAGGCACCCCGGGACAACUAUGAAGUGAAUCCUGACUUUGAGGGUGUUCCAGUUGCUGAAAUGGCUGAGUCCACAUGGGUGCAUCAUGUUCAGCACAUCCUGCAGCAGGGCCGCUGUACUUGGGUGAACCUGGCUGUGAAACCAGGAGAAGACUCUAAUGAGGAAGGAGAGGCUGAGGAGAAGGAAGAGGAGCCUGAUGAGCCUGAGCCAGAAGUUGGACCCCCUCUUCUCACUCCCCUCUCCCAAGAUGCAGAAAUCUUCAACACCCCUCCCUGGAGCUCCAAGAUAUCCUCCACUCUCACCUCUCAGCAUGCAGUAGCUGUGCUGCGUUCUAACCUCUGGCCAGGGGCAUAUGCAUAUGCUUGUGGAAAGAAGUUUGAGAACAUAUAUGUUGGAUGGGGUCUGAAGUAUUCAGGGGAAGGGUACAGCCCACCUGUCCCCCCGCUACCACAGAAAGAAUAUCCCAGUGGACCAGAAAUCACUGAGGCCCUGGACCCAUCACUGGAGGAGGAGCAGGUGGUGAAAGAAGCUUUAGAGGAGCAGCAAGCUGCCCAGGAGGAGAUGGAGGACACAGACGAAGAGGAGGAGGAAGAUGAUGACUGAGAAAACAGUUACAUGUUUCUAAGUCACUGGCCAAAUAAAUCAGUUUACACAGCAA